AUGGCAUCAAAUGCAGGCGAGAAGAGCAUUUCCGCUUAUGGCGAGGCUCGCUCCACAUUGGAGGGGAAGCCUCUUGACGCCGAGCAAGUUCGCAAGAUGGAUGCAUAUUUCCGGGCUAGCAUGUACCUUUGCCUGGGAAUGCUCUACCUCCGUGAAAACCCACUGCUCAAGGAACCACUUAACGUGGAGCAUCUCAAAGCUCGGCUUUUGGGGCAUUGGGGAUCCGAUGCUGGCCAGUCUUUCACUUGGACUCACAUGAACCGCCUUAUCAAAAAGUACGAUCUUGAUGUCCUUUUUGUCUCUGGCCCCGGACAUGGUGCUCCCGGAAUUGUCUCGCAGUCCUAUCUUGAGGGCGUCUACUCGGAAAUCUAUCCCGAUAAGGCCGAGGAUACAGAUGGUAUGAAGAAGUUCUUCAAGCAAUUCUCGUUUCCUGGUGGUAUUGGUAGUCAUGCGACUCCUGAGACUCCAGGAAGUAUCCACGAGGGUGGUGAGCUAGGAUAUUCGAUCUCGCAUGCCUUCGGAUCUGUCUUUGACAAUCCCGGUCUCAUUACGUUGACCAUGGUUGGAGAUGGCGAGUCGGAGACAGGUCCACUAGCGACCAGCUGGCACAGCACAAAAUUCCUGAACCCAAUCACCGAUGGGGCCGUUCUCCCUGUCCUUCAUCUCAACGGAUACAAGAUCAACAACCCCACAGUGCUUGCACGAAUUACUCAUGAGGAGCUGUCAUCUUUGUUCGUAGGCUACGGGUGGAAGCCGUACUUUGUCGAAGGAAGCGAUUUCAACAGCAUGCACCAAGCCAUGGCAAUUACACUCGAGCAAUGCAUCUUAGAGAUCAAGGAGUACCAGAAGCAAUCUCGAGAAUCCGGGACACCAUUCCGACCCCGCUGGCCGAUGAUCAUUCUUCGUACUCCUAAGGGAUGGUCGGGCCCACGCGAGGUCGAUGGCCAUCUACUCGAGGGCUUCUGGCGCGCGCAUCAGAUUCCAAUUACCGACGUUCGCACCAAUCCGCCUCAUCUUAAAUUGCUAGAGACAUGGAUGAAGAGCUACAGGCCAGAGGAGCUCUUCGACAAGAAUGGCAAAUUGGUUCCGGAACUCAAGGAGCUCGCGCCCACGGGCAACUCGCGGAUCAGUGCCAACCCCGUCGGCAAUGGGGGUCUUCUACGCCGACCGCUCAAAAUGCCGGAUUUCCGAGAUUAUGGGUUCAUGGAUAUUGUCCCAGGCUCAACCAUCAAGGGAGGAAUGGCCAAUAUGGCCAAAUUCCUUCGUGAUCUGGUUGCCCAGAACAUGAACAAUUUCCGGCUCUUCGGCCCAGACGAGACCGAAUCCAACAAGCUUGCCGAGGUGUACAAAGCAGGCAAAAAAGUCUGGAUGGCAGAGUAUUUUGAAGAAGAUAAAGACGGAGGAAAUCUGGCCCCCAAUGGCCGCGUGAUGGAAAUUCUUAGUGAACACACUUGCGAGGGGUGGCUAGAAGGCUACAUUCUUUCAGGGCGGCACGGACUGCUCAACAGCUAUGAGCCCUUUAUCCACGUCAUCGACUCCAUGGUUAACCAGCACUGCAAGUGGAUCGAGAAAUGUCUUGAUGUGGAAUGGCGAGCUAAAGUUGCCUCUCUUAACAUCCUCAUCACCGCGACUGUCUGGAGACAAGACCACAAUGGCUUCACCCAUCAAGACCCAGGAUUCCUCGAUGUGGUCGCAAACAAGAGCCCUGAGGUGGUUCGAAUCUACCUCCCACCUGAUGGAAACACUCUUCUCUCGAUCAUGGACCACUGUCUCCGCAGUGUUAAUUACGUGAAUGUCGUCGUCGCCGACAAGCAGGAGCACAUUCAGUUUUUGAACAUGGACGAAGCUGUCCAGCACUGCACCAAGGGCCUCGGAAUCUGGGACUGGGCUAGCAAUGACCAAGGCGCAGAACCCGACGUCGUGAUAGCAUCUUGCGGUGAUGUCUCAACUCACGAAGCCUUAGCCGCCACCGCGCUCCUGCGUGAGCACCUUCCACAGCUCAAAGUCCGCUUCGUCAAUGUGGUGGACUUAUUCCGACUGAUCUCGAGCAUGCACCAUCCACAUGGCCUGUCAGACAAGAGGUGGAAAGCCAUCUUCACCACCGACAAACCCAUCAUCUUUAAUUUCCACUCUUACCCCUGGCUUAUCCACCGACUCACGUACAAGCGACCGGGCCAGCAUAACCUGCAUGUGCGAGGCUACAGAGAGAAGGGCAAUAUCGACACUCCGUUUGAGCUGGCUAUGCGCAAUCAAACUGAUCGAUACAGCCUUGCUGUUGACGCUAUUGACUUGGUUCAACAUCUCGGCAACACGGCAUCUGGUGUGAGAGAGAGGCUGAUCAAUGAGCAGCUAGCGGGCAAGGCCGAGGCGUUCAAUAAUGGACUCGAUUCUGAGCAUAUUCGGAACUGGAGUUGGCCUUGGCCGAGAAAAUAA